UGGCCGUGUCGGCGGCGGCGCGCGCUGCAGCGCACACAAUCCAACAUGGAGUAAAGCGGAGACGGGGCUCGCGCGGGGCCACCCUGGGGCAUCGGAGCCGUCGGAGUGCCCACGGCGAGCGGCGCGGCUCGAGCAGCGCGCGCAGCGUACGCACGGCGGAGCGCGCAGCGUGUGCGCGGAUACGCUCCCGGAGGAAACUUCACUUGCGAGACACACACACACACACACACACACACAAACACAGAGAAACGGGAAAGAAGCAACAAGACGAAGAGGAAUGGGAGAGAGAAGAGGACGGAGAGAGGAUCCUUAGGGACGCAGCAGUGCAGGAUGUGAGGAGGAGGAGGAGGAGAAGAAGGAGGACAGCGAUGAAGAGUGCAGAGCGCGUGCCCGCUGGGGGACUUUACUGGAGGUGAAAGGAGAAAAAUGACCGAGGAAACACAGCCAGACGAUGACAGUUAUAUUGUGCGUGUGAAAGCGGUGGUCAUGACCCGGGACGACUCAAGCGGAGGUUGGCUGGCCCAGGAGGGUGGGGGUCUGAGCCGUGUCGGGGUUUGCAAGGUAACGCCCAACGAGCUCAUGGGACGCAGCAACUUCCUCAUCCACGGUGAGCGGCUCAAGGACAAGCAGGUUAUUCUGGAAUGUUUCCUCAAGAAGGAUCUGAUCUACACCAAGGCCACGCCCACGUUUCACCACUGGAAGGUCGACAACAAAAAGUGUGGCCUGUCAUUCCAGAGCCCAGCAGAUGCUCGGGCCUUUGACCGCGGCGUGAGGAAAGCCAUCGCUGAUCUGACGGAGGGGUCCACGACGUCAUCUUCGACGAUUCAGAAUGAGGCCGAGCUCGGCGACGAUGACGUCUUCACUAACGCCACUGACAGCUCUUCCAACUCAUCCCAGAAGAAGGAGCACUUCUUUCAGACCCUUUCCUCGCCCAGCUUAUGUGAGCCCCACGUCCACCACUGCGUCCACCUCCAUCACCAGCACAGAGCCUCCGAAAACUACUUUCUGGAUCAGCCAGUGCCCAAGUUUACGCGCCACGUCAGCUUCCAGGAUGAGGAGGAGGAGAUUGUGCGCAUCAACCCCCGGGAGAGGACUUGGUUGACGGGCUACGAGGACUACCGGCAUCCGGCGGCACGCGGCCGGUUCACCCAGCCUGAUGACAUUGACUCCUACGUGCACUUUGCGAAGCCCGAGCCAUCCAAGCACGACUACAACUACCCCUACGUCCCCAACCCCGACUUUGGCCCCAGGGACCUGAAGGGGGGUGUUGUCAGCAUCCAGCCCCGCCCCCUGCAGACCAAGUGGAAGAGACGCAAGGAGGAGGGUGAGCGCUCGCGCUGCGUCUACUGCCGGGACAUGUUCAACCACGAGGAGAACGGGCGCGGCCGGUGCCAGGACGCGCCCGACCCCAUCCGGACCUGCAUCCAUCGGGUCAGUUUCAUGUGGUGCGCGGACAGCCUGCUGUACCACUGCCUGUCGGACCCGGAGGGGGACUACUCGGACCCAUGCUCGUGCGACACGGGAGACGAGCGCUUCUGGCUGCGCUGGCUAGCGCUGGUGGGCCUCUCGGUGGUUGCACCCUGCAUGUGCUGCUACGUUCCGCUGCGCGCGUGUCAUCGCUGCGGCGUGGCCUGUCACUGCUGCGGGGGCAAGCACAAGGCUGCGGGCUGAGGGGGCGUACGCGCGGGGUCUCAGGUUGGGGGUCACCGGGCUGCGUUCCACAGCUUUUUUUUCUCUUGGUCCGCGGUCCCCGGUUUGCGUUUGGUGCGAAUGAUCGGGCAGCAGAGAAGUGUGAAGAUAAUUGUUUUUCUUCUCUCGAUUUGGAUAUUUUUGCCUUGCGAAAGAAGUUUUUUUUUUUUUUUUUUGUUGUUUUUUUUUUUUUUUUUGGGCUGCAGGGCCUUUUCUUUCCGCCUUGUUAAGCAUUACAUUACAAAGACUAACGGUUGUUCAUUUUAUGUAUAAACAGGUACUUUAUAUUUUUACACUGACUGGUUUUAAGAACUUGAAUUUUAUUUCCCCAGUGUCAUAUGUGGUUGAUGUAAACUUUUUUUUUUUUUUUUUUUUUUUUUUUUAAAAAAAGUCUUUUCAUUUGCCAUGGCUUGCCAGUUGAAUACAGCUGAUUACUUCUUGCAAGCACAGGCACUUAAUUGGAGCAUCAUACCCCUUGCACCCUUGCCAUCCCACCCCCUGAGCCCUUACAGCAAAGGAAACCAGAACACUGAUUCACCUAAGACACUUAACCUGUUUGUGUGUGUGUGUGUGUGUGUGUGUGUGCGUGUGUGUGUGUGUGUGUGUGGGGGGGGGGGGAAGGGUUCACCAUUGCAAAGGGAUGGCCAGCAAUGUAUCAUCGCAUAGUAUUGUUGUUACUGUAUUGAAGCCAAAAUGACUAAGCUGCAUUGUUUAUAUAUAAUCUAAAUUGCUCAGAUGUGAUUUCUUAUUUACAGAGAGCCUUCAUUGUAAUAUUGGUAAACUUUUUUUUGUUGUAAUGUUUAAUAUCUAAAAUUGUACUUCUGUUAUUUCUAAUACUUUUUUUCGUCACUUAACUGAAACACGAGUGAAAGGGAACGGAGGAUCGUCAAGUGUGUCUCACACGGAGCGCAGCCCGUCACCGUUACUGUCCCACGACAUGGUUUUCACACUUAACCGACUCCGCAAAGUUAAUUACGCAUUAGCGUUGUUUGAAAAGAUGAAGAAACGAGGAAAAACACCAAAGUAUUAAUGUGCAGGAAAAAAUACUAACUGAACAGACAAGAGGCACAUUGUGUGCGGCUGUAAAGUACUAAAACACUGAAAGUACAGUAACAGAAUCCCUGUUACUUGUGAGUACCGCAGGCCUGUGUAGACGGCGCUCCCUUCACCGCAGCCUUUCUUUGCCAAAUUGGCUUCAACGCUAGAAGGGUUAGACCUUCCUGGUCGCAAAGCCACAGGACCAUGAAAAUUCCCUCUAUGGAGGUAAUGAGUGUAAUGAAUAUCCCCAAGGGAGACUCUUCGCUUCUGUUUGUCCACACCGAUCGCUUGACGUGACCGAGCAGAUAUUUCUUGUGAGAAAUUUUGGACGAGACGUCCCGCUGUUGACAGAAGGCGCUCGCUCUCAACGGGACUGGAGUACUGCAGGAAGUCAGGGCACUGGUAGAACACCGCUGCAUACAAUCUGUUGGAUGACACAUCUGUCCAAAGUGACCCAUUGGUUUUGUUUGGGAUUUUUUUUGAAAAAAGACAGAAAACUGCUGACAAUCCCAGGAAGAGCAUUGGCAUGAUCACGCUGUCCAUUCUCAGUGUCCCACCUCCAGCCAUCACAGCCUCCUGUCCCCCAGCUUCCUGUUCCUGACAGGAACCAGUGAGCUCAGAGGAAGGGACGGGCCUUAAGCGGGCUACAGCCAAUCGGGACAGGAGUAGGGGUGUCGGCGUGCACGCGUGCUGUAUAUAUCAACUAAAAGACGCGGAUCGGGCAGCUCUAGCCUUGGCCACAGGUGCCGAUUUUAAACACAGCGGAAUUUGUUUAUAAUGCCUUGCGUGAAAUGUCAAUCGUGUAUUUGGAUUCCAAGGACAAACGUAGUAGUCUGUUAACAUGUGACUCUUGUUGCCACAUGGUUAUAGGCCUUCUAGCACCGAGGUUUCAGAUCCCAGCUUUAGGUGGAUGAUCGUGUCCGAAUGUCUGUAUGUGUGUCUGUCAGUAUGUAUGAAUGUAUGUAGGUGUGUGUAUGCAAAUAAUGUUUGCGUGUUCGGUCAACUGAAUUGUAUACAAUUAAUGAAAGUACAGACCAGCCUCAAAUCAUUACUGCCAACCUUGCCUGUAUUAUGAGUGAGGUUUUUCUUUCUUUUCGAAGCACAACACUAACAUGUAACGAACACGGAACGAACAUGGAUAUUGUGCAGGAAGCUGUAAAGAUGCCCAGGUUUCAUUGUGGUUGUCCCAAAGCAACUGGGUAAGUGUUGAUGGGAGGUGCUGGCGCUGGUGCUCCGGAGCGCGUUACCAUGACGACAGUCUGUGAGUCAAAGGUCAUCCAGUUCCAUACAUACGUGUGUGUGUGUGUGUGUGUGUGUGUGUGUGUGUGUGUGUGUGUGUGUGUGUGUGCGCGCGCGCGCGUGUCCGCACUUCAGUCGCCUGCCGUAAUCUGCCCCUCCUCGUCAGCAUUCAGUUUUGGAUUUGUUCAUUGUAAAAAAAAAUAAUAAUAAUAAUUAUUAAAAAUAAUUUGUUUUUUAUUUUUCUAUCUGUGGUAAGGAACAUUUUAAACCAAAAUCAUUGUCUCUUUUUGGUGCACAGUCUGGCUCCUGCACAAGUUUAUAGAAAGUGCCUGAAGCGUACAGUUCAUCUCUCUUUAUAUUCUCAUAGACAACAUGCAGUUAAAUCUUGUAGU